AUGGGAAACUGCUUGGCAAAGGCCCGAAAACACGCUCGGCUCGAUGAUUCUUCCGAUGGCGGCUUUGAAAUCAAUCCAUCGUACACUGAAACAAUUAGACCGUUGCCGAAAAGGAGAAAAGGUUUCGCGUCGCAGUGGCACCAACCCCAGAUUUUGACGGACUUUGAUCACCAAGAAGCCUUUGGUAUCCCAGAGGAAUCUCCGCAAUCUUUGGAUAGCACAUGUGCAACUUCGCUGAUCUCUUUCCCACAGGAAGAAUACUCAAAAGGCAGACACCACAGACAUCAUAGCUGUCAAGACGAGUAUGUACAUUCAAUAGCUGCGAACAAAAAAGACUCGAGCUCUCAUCCCAUCGAGAACCCGCUUGAUCAGUGGAGUGGAGGGCGGAAACGCGGUGGUGCGCUUGCACUCCGAUUGGCCAGAAACAAGUAUCUUCAACAUGCUACAUCGACACCUGAACUACAGGAAAUUAGCCCAAUAUCCAUGGAUCCAUCGAUACAGACGCCGAGUUUCUUUUCCGACGGACAGACAUCAAGCAACAAAGAAUCCCUCAAGGACGAGUUUGAAAACAGCAUGUCAAAUGGGGUUGUAUGGGAGGAGUACACUCGCCAUCGGAACGUGACCGCAAUUGGAAUGUCUCGAAAUAGUAAUUGGAUGGAGGAAAAAAAUCCUCUUUUACUGGCUGUGGGAACAGAAGAUGGUGUCGUGACUUUGGUUGAAAUACUAGACCGAAAUAUGAAGACAGAUGCUUCCCCUGGCGAGAUGCUAUCGACACGUGACAACUUUGGCGUCGAAGUAAAGAUCACACUGAAUGGAAGGAUACGAGCCAUCGACUUUUCCCCCGAUGGCUCGUAUGUGAUUGCUGGUGGAGACGGAUGUGUUGCAUAUGUAAUGAAAAUCGCUCGAGACUGUUCAACUCAAAGAUUGAAGAACAUUGAAAUUUUUCGAGAAGUCGAGCGCGUCGACAGAAUCUAUGCAAUUUCUAUUAGUCCGGAUAGCCAACUGUUGUCAAUAGGAGGAUUUGACAGCAGUGUUUCCUUUGGGCAACUAAGCCUGUUGCAUUCGGAAGACUUUUUUCGACUAACGGAAGUUCCCUUGCGAGGCUUGGUAUUAUGCGUGGAUUGGAACAAAACGAAUGUAGCAAUAGGAACGAGUGGUCAAAAUGGAUUUGCGGUAAUCGACAAGUCUUUCAAGGUUGUUCAUCACGUUCAUCGUCAGGCUGCCGUAGACGUAGUGAAGUGGAAACCGGACGGAUCACUCCUUGCGAUUGGUGACCGAGAAGUAGUUCUCUUCGAUGCUGUAUCUUUUGAAGUAGUUUGCGAGCUGCGCGACAUUAUGCCGUCGCACAAGCGAACGAAAACCAAAUAUCGAAUAAAAGCAAUGUGCUUUAGUCCUGAUGGUUCGUUCCUCGCUAUUGGUGGAUCUGAUGGCAUCUGUCACGUUGUUGAGUCCAAGAGUUUCGCCCUAGUUUACAGGCUGCAGAGACCCUCUGCCCCGGUAAGCAUUGCGUGGGGGCGACAAAAGCUUGCAAGUCAAGGACGCAAGAGCUAUCUCGGGAUAGCUGACAAUAGCCGGGCUGUGGUCCUAUUCAAGGCAGGACUUGAAGCAGCCCAUUACGAAGAGGAUACAUCUGAGUUCCUUCCAGCGUUAGAAGCUGCAAAGACUGCGAAAGGAGACGACUGGGUUCUUAGGGAGGGUUCAUUUCGUGAUAUUGAGGAAAUAACAGAGAAAUCUCCAGAGCGGAGCAGGGCGAUUGGCACAAUCACAUCGAUUGCAUUCUCAAGAUCUAACAGAAGACCGAAUUCAUCAUACCUGGCUUAUGUUUCAAAUGACUGUUCCCUGACGAUACUCUCAACUCGAGAUUGGAAACUCGUCCUGCAAAUGGAAUUUCCAAAGCCAAUUCGAUCCAUAUCAUUCUCGUACUCCAAGAACUUACUUGCUCUUGGUGGAGAAGAAGGUGUCUUGUAUGUUCUCUCCGUUCCGAACCGAUCCAUGAUACUGAACAUGAUCUACGAUUCUCCAAUCCAAACGGUUGCAUUUAGUAGACAUGAUGAGCGGUUGUCGAUAGGUAUGAUGGAUGGAGUUCUUAGCUUUCUUUCUCCAAACGACGAUUGGGACCCUUGCGGCGAAAUCGACUACAGCGAUUCUCCAAUUGUUUGUCAAGAUUGGUGUUCAAGCAAUCUAGCAAUCGGAAGAACUGAUGGUUCAGUGACGGUAUUCGACAAAGAAAAGGUUAUGAAAGGCGUCUUCGUACCUGCUGCCGAGCUAUCAGAUUCAUCGAAACCUAUUCGGUCAGUUUCAUUUGGUACCGGGGGGAGAUUUCUAGUUUUUGGUGGAGACGCUGGGGAUGUAUCGAUAGCGAAUCGUAAGGAGGAGUGGUCAUCCAGUCAAAUAAACCUGAGGCGCCAAGUCUUGGCAACGAAAUGGAGCCCUGGUGGUCGAUAUGUUGUUUUCACUGGUUUGAACCAGACGCUGAGAAUGAUAGAUACUCUGACCGGAGACGAGGUCGAAGGUAUUCGUGCGAAGUACUCGGAAAUAGCCAAAGGGAAUGGAGAUGAACAGGACUUGACGUGCGUCGAUUUCAGUAAAUGUGGCAAUUACAUUGCGUUUGGUUGCUCCAAUGGGAGUGCUCACAUCCUUAGAGGCCCUGAUUGGGAGUUGGUAGGACCGCCAAUCUAG